UUGAGGAGUCUGUCAAGCAAACUGCAGCCCGCCAUUGUGUAGAACCAGGCUCUGUAGAGAGAUAAGGGUGCUUGGCUGAAACGCUUCAAUAGCUUGAUAAUUAUUUCACCCUGACGCUUUUAUUUAGGAGUAAAUACAGUUACACAGGCUCCGGGGGGGAAAGACAUGUCAGCCAGCAGUCUUCUUGAACAGAGACCGAAAGGCCAAGCUAAUAAAGUGCAAAACGGAGCUGUGACCCAAAAGGAUACUUUGAAUGACGAUGAAUUUGAGCCUUACCUGAAUACUCAGGCCAGACAGAGCAAUGCCUAUACGGCCAUGUCGGACUCGUACAUGCCCAGCUACUACAGCCCCUCCAUAGGAUUUUCCUACUCCCUGAAUGAGGCAGCAUGGUCCACAGGUGGGGAUCCUCCUAUGCCUUACCUGGCCUCCUAUGGACAGCUGAGCAAUGGGGAACCCCACUACCUCCCGGACGCUAUGUUUGGCCAACCAGGCCCCCUGGGGAGCAACCCAUUCCUAGGUCAGCAUGGCUUCAACUUUUUCCCCAGUGGCAUCGACUUCUCAGCAUGGGGCAACAACAGCUCUCAGGGACAGUCGGGGACACCGCAGAGCUCUGGCUACAGCAGCAGCUACGCCUAUGCUCCCAGCUCACUUGGAGGUGCCAUGAUUGAUGGACAGUCCCCAUUUGCACCUGCUGCCAACGAGCCCCUUAACAAGGCACCUGGUAUGAACAGCCUGGACCAGGGCAUGGCGGGACUUAAGAUAGGUGGUGCUGCUCCUGGUGGUACCGGGGACUUGGCGCCUAAGGUAGUUGGCUCUGGAUUACCUGGUGGGGGUCCACUAGGCCCUGUAUCAUCUGUUGGACCUCCCAGCAUGCCUCCUGUCUCAAUUGCCCCUGCCAAGCCUGCCUCCUGGGCUGAUAUUGCCAGCAAACCAGCCAAACCCCAGCCCAAGCUUAAAACUAAGGGUGGCAUGGCUGGUGCUAAUUUGCCUCCUCCGCCCAUUAAACACAACAUGGACAUUGGCACUUGGGACAACAAGGGCACCAUGCCUAAAGCCACCACUCCUCAGCAGGUGCCCCCUAUUCCCAGCAACGGGCAGCCGCCCAAUCAGGCUUCCCCACAGCCUGGAAGUACUGCUGUGGGAAAUCCACAAAUGCCCCUGAGCAAUGGACAACUGGUUCCGCCUGUUUCCCAGAUGGGUCAGCAUCAGCUUCCACCCACUGGGCAGCCAGGUAUGGGUCAGAUGCCCCAGCCUCCUCUCUCCCAGGGUGGUCCUCCUCCACCAAGCCAACAGCAGCAACCAUCUCAACCUACCCGCUGGGUCCCACCACGGAAUAGGGCCAAUGGAUUUGGGGAUACGAGUGGGAGUGGUACAGGCCAGUCACCUCCCUCUUCUUCAGGAGUGGGUGUGGUUCCAGGGGUCCCUUCGGAGCCUCACCCAGUUUUAGAGAAGUUGCGUAUGGUCAACAACUAUAACCCGAAGGACUUUGACUGGAAUCCCAAGCAGGGCAGGGUGUUUAUCAUCAAGAGCUACUCCGAGGAUGACAUCCACCGCUCCAUCAAGUAUAACAUCUGGUGCAGCACGGAGCAUGGCAACAAGAGGCUUGAUGCAGCUUACCGUUCACUGGGUGGUAAAGGACCACUUUAUCUUCUGUUCAGUGUCAAUGGGAGCGGUCACUUCUGUGGUGUAGCAGAAAUGCGCUCACCCGUGGACUACAACACGUCUGCUGGCGUGUGGUCGCAGGACAAGUGGAAGGGUCGUUUUGAUGUGCGCUGGAUCUUUGUUAAGGACGUUCCCAACAGUCAACUGAGGCACAUUCGACUGGAGAACAACGAAAAUAAGCCAGUGACCAACUCUCGGGACACACAGGAGGUGCCACUGGACAAGGCCAGGCAGGUGCUAAAGAUCAUCGCUGGAUAUAAACACACCACUUCCAUCUUCGAUGACUUUUCUCACUACGAGAAGCGUCAGGAAGAAGAAGAGUGUGUGAAAAAGGUGGAGGUCCAAGGCAGUGAGCCAUAUCCCAGCAACCCAAACAACAGAAGUCAUUACAGGCUUCAGGAGCGCCAAGGACGAGUCAAGUAACAGUUGGUGCUUUGGUCAAAGACUGCAAUGGCCUCCUUAAAGCCCUCUCUACCCCAUUACGUCAUUACAUCCAGAUCUCUUAAAGAAAUUCUAAUAGGGGUGAAGAAUUAACAAAGGACAGAAACUAAAUGAAGACUUUGAUUUCUUUUGACUUUAAAGACUUACUUUGAACUUGUAGUAAAAAGAAAAGGAAACAAUUAUUCAUAGGACUACAACUAAAUGCAUAGCAUCCUUAGGUGACUUUUUUUUUUUUUGCCCUCCCCCAUUCCACUACAUAUGCUUUCUCCCCUUGUAUGCUGCUUUUUUCCUUUUUGAAAUGAAAGGAUCAGCUUCUGGGUUUUUUUUUGUUUGGUUGGUUUUUUUUUUUUUUUUAAUGGUCCAAGAGCAGAUCUGUAAUUCUCACUCAAACACAAAUCAAAUAGAAAUUGUAGUGUUGACUAAUAAUAGUGUCCCAAAGUGGAAAAAUGGGCAGUUUGUCUCAUUUUCUUUGUAACCCCACCACCACCCCACCCCAAUCUGUCUUUUGAGGAUGCUCAAAUGUUCAACCGGGACCCAGCAGAGUUUCCUCCUCUGUGGAUUUUCAUCGUAGGCGUAUGCCAGCUACGCUCACUCCAGAAUCUCUCUACACGCUUGCCAUGUUUUUGUUUGAGAGGACUGCAAAUGUUCUGAAGGCCCUUCAUUUUGU